UCUCGAAGAAAAAAAUAUUAAUAAUUAGUCAUUCGUUUUUACUGUCAAAAAAAUCGAUUCGAUAUGAACUUAUUACGAUUUCUUAUGAUUUGUUGCAAAUGGUGACAACGCGCACGACUGACUUAAUUCAUCAGAAUGAACAUUUUUUAUCUUUAUUUCAUCAUGCUAAUACUUACACAAUCCCACUGCGAUCGGGUUCGCAAACUCCCCGCUAAUAUGAAACAAAGAGACACUCGUCAUCUUGAGAAUAACUGUCGCGAUGCUUUAUCGAAUUCGCAGAAAAAAACCAUGGAAAAAGAGAGCAAUAUCGCGCAGAAAGCGGCUCAGGAAGCAAAAGCCGCGUCCGAUGCGCAAAACGUCGCCGGUCAGCAAGCAGCGCGUCAAGUGAAGGCACAGCUAGCCGCGAAGGCGAUUCAGGCUGCAAAAGCCGCCGAAGCAGCCUUAUCGAGUAAGGAAGCGAUGGUCGAGCAGCUGCAGGAGGAAGUGAAGGAAGCCCGAUCGGUGGUUCAGGAAGAAACAUUCUCUUUGCAGCAAGCGCAGGCUAACGUCAAUGCCGCGAUCCAGGCGGCUCGGCAGUCGCAAGAUCAGCUGAAGACACUGACGAACGCGGUGCGUACGGCGAAGUCGAACGCGGCGAACGCGCAGGCGGCGGCAAGCGGCGCGCAGAAGUCGUUACACGAAAAAGAGGAAUUAUUGCAGGCGGCCAAGAGACGAGUGGAUGAGCUGUCAGAUCAGUUGCGAAGCGCCCGGCAAGAUUUCGCGAAUACGAAUCGCGCGGCGGCCAAAGCGAACGCCGCCGCGCAGCAGGCGAAGGUAAACGCCGCCAGAAACAAGAGGAGAUUGGCGAAUCUAAGAAGAUUGCGCGCGGCGCGCUCACAUGUAGACCACCGACCUGCUCCUUGAAAUCUGUAAGAUCUAUCUAUCUUUCACAAGAGGAUCUUGUGCAUCGAAUC